AUGGACGAUGGCACCCAACCAGACUGGGAAUUCUUCACCAUUGCAGUGACCAUGACCACAGUUGCUGGCGUCUUCGUUAUCUUACGACUGGGAGCCCGACUCUACACCACCUACAGUCUUGCCUGGAAAGACUACUUUCUCGCAAUAGCUAUGGCGUUUGGUAUUCAUGCCACGGUUUUCGAUUGCCUGGCUGUCAAGGAAGGCCUCGGCAUUCAUAAUCGUCUUCUGAGCGCGGAACAAUUACAAGCGCCAUACAAAAUGGGCAUCGGCUUCACUAAGAUAUCCAUCUUGACGCUCUAUUAUCGAGUCUUCGUCAAUAAGACUUUCCGGCAGGUCGUGAUUGUCCUGAUGGUAUACGUGUCCUUGUAUACUGUCGCAACCACUGUUGCCACUAUCCUCCAGUGUAUUCCGAUCAAACGGGCGUGGGAUAGAACCGUCCCUGGCACCUGUGUUCAGCCGACUGCCCAGUGGUAUUCGUACGCUGCUUUAAACAUGACGGCCGAAGUCAUCAUGUUCUUCCUGCCGAUGCCCAUGCUUAAACGACUGCAUGUCCCGCGUCAGCAAAAAGUCGACCUGUUCCUCAUUUUUGCAGUUGGUCUCUUCGUCAUUUUUUGCUCAGUGAUGAGACUGGUUACAAUUGGAAUCGAAAAGAAGCAAGAUGACACCAACUAUGCCUGGAGAGGGGGAAAUCACUGGACAACAGUGGAGCUCAACACUGGAUUCAUCUGCGCCAGCAUCCCCGCUCUCAAAGCGCCGCUCAGCGCAUUGCUACGCAAGCUGGGCCUUCGAUCAGGAGGCGCGAGUGGUUACAAUCCAAGCACAGCAGACCAACGUUACGAGUUCGGUAGCAAAAAGGCCAAGAAAUCAAUUUUUAGUCAUGCCUUGGCUUCGAGGCGCAACAACAGCCAACACCACGAUGAUGACAGCGAGCAACACAUUGUUGCAGCCAGUGGUUGGCCGCUAUCGGAUAUAACAAAGACGACCACAAAUUGCCUGUUUGUACUCGCUGCCAACGGCGUCGCAUUCCCAGUGGAUGUUUCUACCAUCCCGCACCGCUGGCUCGGCGAAGGAUACACUCACCAACACCAGUGGCUGGAACACAUCCAAGAACUUCCAGACUUGUAG